AUGUCGGUGCUCGAUCCUGCGCUGCUCAGCACUUCGCCUGAAAAUGGUGAGGAUUCUGAGUGGGAAUACGAAUAUGACGACACGGAAACAGAGACUUUCUUUCUCAACCUCGACCUGACAACUAAUCACGGACCCUUACGGCCGCCGCGCCGCCGUAAUGAUGCCUCCGCUUCAGCCCCAAUCAGUGCAGUGAAUACCGCUAAUCCAACGCCGGCCCCUUCGCGCCCUGACGACCGAGACUCCGCCGUAGUCAAUCCUGAAACCGACGACGCGCCCUCGGAACGCGUGCAAGUUCUGGGACUUCAUACUCGCAACCCGAUCAUCUCCUACCAGAACCAAAUCUUUAGUGGAGCGUGGGCAGAUCAGAUUGGCACGGAAUUGUUCUUUGCGCGGCCUGACACGACUAGUACUGAAUUCAACGAGCCCGGUAACGCGCCUGCGGAGGUCACUCCAUUGAAACACACCAAGGAUUUCGACCUCAUUGCUGCCAAUAGCGUCAAGAUUCUUGGUCGAAAAGCCAAUCUCAUCUCAAGCUCAAGCUCAGCGGCAGACCAGCGGGAUGGUUUGACACCAGAGACGUCAGGACUGGUGUACAAGCCAGCGCAUCAAUCGAACCAGGCCCGCUUCUUAGAGCGUCUAAAGGAGGUCAAAAGAAGCAAAGGCGAGACGGAUACGGUACGCACGGUGUUUAGCACGUCCAGAAGGGGUCCGAAUCUCGAAGAUCGACUACGCGGAUGGGUACAGACGGAGGAACAGCUAGCUACGAUUCAGCAGCUCAAUGACCGAGCCGUUCAGGGCGACUAUGAUGCCAUGAUCGAUCUGGAGAAUAUCUAUACUCAACUUGGCAGCCAAAACGUUGGUCCGUCCGAAGAGCUGCUAGGAUCAACAAGACUACGGGAGAUUCUGGAUAAGAUCGACUGUCGUGCAAGCCAGGCAGUUGCUGUUGAGAAAUUUGAGAUAGUUCUCGAUAUAUAGGAUUUAUAUCCUAUCUGGAACUCCAGAAGUGAUCUGGAGCCAUGUCAUGACUAACGGCCCUAACUCCGAAACAGAUUGUAUUUAGAAAAGCCAAAUAAAAAAAAAGAAAAAAAGAAAACACAAACACCUGUUCCUAUACUCCCAGUAACGACAUAUCCAUCCCAUCGCUUCAAGCAAAU